AUGUCUUCCGGCGGGGCCUUCAACAAUCCCAUCAUUCCCGGCUUCAACCCAGAUCCUUCAAUCUGUCGGGUGAAUGGCGAUUACUUCUUGGUGACUUCUACAUUUGAGUACUAUCCUGGUAUUUCGGUGUACCACAGCAAAGAUCUCCUACGAUGGACGCUCAUUGGUCAUGUCAUUACGAGACAUUCGCAAAUCAAUAUGCGGACGACUGAGCCCUCUGGCGGACUAUGGGCGCCUACUAUUCGUUACCAUGACGGGCGAUUCUAUGUCUCCGUAGGAUGCACGCAUCGAUUCCGCCCGAAGGAAUGGGAUAUUGUCAUCCCUCGGGGAUUCUACGUGUCCACCACAAAUAUCUGGGACUCGUCUUCCUGGUCUGACCCAACAUUUUUCGACGUCCCUGGAAUUGACCAAGAUCUUUUCUUUGAUGACGAUGGCAAGGUGUACUUUUCUGCCGUCAACCUGAUCACCGAGCCGAGAAUAAAAAAGCACGGCCUUGGGCUCGCAACUUUCACCGCGGAAAUUGAUCUCGUCACCGGUCGGUGCCUUGGACCAGCUAAAUGGAACCGCUUGUCGGAUUUCGGUCUUGGAAUUGCCGAGGGACCUCACAUCUUCAAAAAGGAUGGCUUCUACUAUCUCAGUACAGCCGAGGGCGGCACUGAUGAAGGUCACCAACAAUGGAUUUUCCGCAGUACCGCAGGACCCUUUGGCCCUUGGGAGGAAGGUCCUAAGGGCACUGUGAAUCCGGUGAUCUUCAAUGACAAUGAUCCUUCGAUCCGAAACACGGGACAUUUGGAUUUCAUCGAAACUGCAAACGGGGAUUGGGUCGCUGUGUUUUUGGGAGUCCGGCCCCAGGGUGAAAAGUCUGAACUGCUUUCACAACUCGGUCGCGAGACCUUCAUGAGUCACGUUGAAUGGAUUGACGGCUGGCCAAUUGCGAGGGGCAUGGAGCUUCUCUCGAAGCCGCAGGUAUGGAGGGACGAGUUUCAGGAUUCAACGCUCCAGCUUGGCUGGUAUCAUCUGCGAACCCCCUUGAAGAAAGAUUACUCUUUAUCAGAGCAGCCAGGAUCGCUGAGCCUCUAUGGAAACGCAUAUCGCAUUGAUGAUUUCGAAUGUCCAUCUAUGCUGCUGCGGAAGCAGACUGGGUUCUCCGGUGACUGGAGAGUUAAGUUUAGUUUUGCACCCAAGGAGGCUGGCCACGAAGCGGGAACGGCUAUUUGGUGGUCGCAAUUUGCCUAUGCUUCCAUUGGACUUCGAAAGCCAUUUGACGAGAGCAAGUCAGGGCUAGAGAUAGUAUCACGUUGUUACAAUGAAGUGGAGGAUCAGUUCAAGGAAUUCACGCAUGAAUUACCUCUCGAGUGUCGUGACGUUGAACUCAUCAUUCGUGCCUACCCUACAAGAUACGAGCUCUUCUUCUCCAUCCAAAAUGACAGUCAUUCUACUGCUUCCGAUCCGGUCAAAUUGGGCGAAAUUCCCAGCAAGGCAUUGACGCAUCGCCGAUCAGGAAAGGAAUCACCCAACACUGGUUCUCAUUUCGCAAUUUAUGCACAAGGUGCUUACGGUAAACCAUGCUUUGAGCCUGCGGUCUUUGAAUUCGCGGAAUGGAAAGUGCUCUCCGAAACGAAUUAG